AUGGCGUCUGAGAAGGAACUAGAGGCGCUCUCCCGCCCCGAGUUCUGGGAUUUGCGCUACGCGGCCGAGAAGGGAGAGACAGACGAGGGUGCGGAUAUGAAGUCUUUCGAGUGGUUCCGCGAUUUCGGGAAGCUGAAGAGCUUCUUUGAGACGUGGUUGCCGGCUCCGGGUGGGUCGGAGGUGCUGCUGCAUCUGGGGUGUGGAAAUUCUACCUUGACACAUGACCUCUACCGAGAAGGGUACCAGCAUCAGAUCUGUGUGGACUUCUCGCAAGUAGUGAUAAAUGCGAUGAAGGCCAAGUACGCCGAGUUAGGGCAGCUAUGGCUUGUUAUGGAUGUGCGAAAGUUGGAGCUUGCGGACGACACUAUAGAUGUGGCGAUUGAUAAGGGGACUCUGGACGCUUUCAUCCAUGGAAGUCUAUGGGAUCCGCCGCAGGACGUGAGGACUAACGUCGGGGCUUAUGUUGACGAGGUUGCGAGAGUCUUGAAGCCGGGUGGGAAAUGGUUGUAUAUCACUUACCGACAGCCCCAUUUCAUGAAACCGUUGCUGGAGAGAGCGGGUAAGUGGAAGCUGGAGGUCCAUGUCAUUGAAGAUCCCGACGGGGCUGGAGGCUUCGAAUACUUCUCAUUUAUCAUGACCAAACAUGAACACCACACGUUCUGA